CCUACUUUCACUUUGACCAUAACAAACCACAAAACUGACGUUUCCUCGAAAUAUCCCAGUUAUAACCAUCCAUUUUCCAGGAUAGCCUUUAAAGUAUUAAUUCAUCGGCAUCACUUAAGCCUUAGACCAACUGAUGGCUUGGACAAAUUUGUUUUAAAACGCUCUUCACGUGCUACAUUUUAAAAAGAUGGACAGGUCCGAACACGACUUGUCAUUCAGUCGAAGAAGAACUGUCAACAAUGGCAAUCACUCUGUGAAUACGUCCAUCAAAGUAGAUAUUUCUCAUCGUCCGACUUCUAGAGAUCAUGUAAGCGGGAACAUGAGCUCCAGUGAUACAGCCCCACCCCAUCUGCUGAUGCGGAAUGUUAGAGACAUCCGGAAACGACUGAUGGAAACUGAAAAGACUCUCAAUAAAAUUUCAAAGGCAGAGGCCAAAGUUGAUAACAAUGAUGAUAUAGAUGAUCUGAUAUCAUUAACCUCACAAGACUCACGGCGCCACCUGGUAGACUUCAGAGUCAGGGAUGAAGAAGACAGGGAAAGUAUUAAAUCUGACCUUGCGACGCUGCCCGACUCAUCAUAUGCAGGAUUUGAACGAGUACUGCCUCCAAGUAGCACUCCAAAUAAACCUCAGCAUGUGAAGGGCCGUCUGACGGGGCUACUGGAGAUUGACGACCCUGAAUCCCCUGGGCAUAGCAGGCCACCCAGUGUAGCAGGGGAAGACAGACAGGACCACAGGGCUAAGAUUCGGUUCCUGAAAGAGGCGAACAAAAAGGUUCUUAUCCAGAAUCAAAAAUUGAUGAAUGAGGUGGAAAAAACUUCCAUAGAACUGCAGGCUUCUCGAGCGAAGGUUCGAGAGUUGAGUUAUGAGCUGGAUGAGUUUCGCCAAUCAGUUCCAGACUUGGAAGAUAAAAUACUUGGGCUCCAGGCCGAGAAUGAAUCUCAGGAAAAGGCUCUCAGGGAAGCAGAAGAGCGGUUUGAGGCAUGUCAGCGUGAGGUGGUGACGGCAGACAGGAAGUUGAAGCAGGCGCAACAGGAAGCAGAUGAGGGGCGUGCAGAAUUGUAUGAGGAGAGGAAACUACGCAGGAAUUUGGAGACACAGAGUGACGAGGCCAUGCAAAACUUCCUUGAGGCCCAAGACACUCUGAGAGAUUACCAGCGCAAAACAAAGGACCGACUGAAAAAGUACGAGGAGACAGAAGACAGUCUACGAGACAGCCUCACCCAUGCUAACCGUGAACGGGAAGAACUCUUAGAGAGGCUCGCAUACUUCCAAAGUCGGUCCAAGUCACAGCACGAGGAUAUCAGGAGGUUACAAUCUCAGCAGGAGGUUGAGGAGGAGACAAAGACUGACAUCGAGGAGCAGAAUAACGAGCUGCGUACACAGAUAUCAAAACUCUCUAACAAAAUCACACGCCUGGAAGCAGACUCCCAGUUAUUACAGAGCCUACAGUUUGAGAACCGUCAACUACGCAGUGAGAAUGACGCGCAACAAGACCAACUGGCAAAGUGCCAACAGGAGAUAGAGGAGAGCCGGACCAUGUUGACACAGCUGGAACAAUUGGCGCAACAAGUCCAGAAUUCCUUCAGCAGACCUAACAGUAGAAACAACAGCUUCAGCAACAAUGACAGCGGCAACUUCAGUCUUCGUAACCCUGGUGACAUGACCCAGGCCUCGUUACAGAAGUCGGCCACAGCUGGGGCGGAGUCUAACACUGCCACCGCCAAAAAUAUUCUCUCUGAUCUCAGGUUAAAGCUAGCCAUGAAGGAUUCUGAAAUUGAGAGAUUGAAGGCAAGUCAGCAGGAGAGACAGGCAGCUAACGACCAGUCUGAACUGGUGGAGAACCUGCGAACAGACCUGAACAACAUGAUUGAACGCAACCAGAGAACUGCAGAACAGUCUCAGGAGCUGGACGCCAUGGUAACAAGAUUGGAGGGAGAGAGGGACAGACUGCUUUCUCAGGUCAAGGAAAUGAGACGUGAGUUAUCAGACAGAGACUCCCAGAAUUCCUCCUUUGAGAUGAGAAUCAACCAGCGCAACACACAGCUUAUCGAGCUGCAGGAACAAGUGAACGAGAGGUCCCUGGAGGUCACCAAGCUCGAAAAUAAGAUACGAGAAAAAACUCGUCAAAUUUCUGAGCAAGAUGAACAACUUCAAGAGAAGACGUCUCAAUGCAGCCACCAGGCGUCUAAAAUCAAACAGUUUGAGGCCGAGAUUGCAGCACGGGAGGAGGAGGCUCAGAGCCUGCACCGAGAGCUACGGGAGAAACAGGGCGGGGCAGAUGUACAGCGGGAGGAGCGGGAGAGGGUGCAGAAAAUACAUCAGGAGCAGUGUAAAGAUUACCAGAAACAGAUUGAUAUUCUGCAAGAGCGAGUGGAGAACAAGUCUAGUCAGGCUAAUGAGUGGGAAAAACAGACAGACAUUUUGCGGCGGGAAAUCUCCGACAAGUCACAUAGGCUGUAUGAGUCAGAACAGGCACUGGCCAGGACACAGAAGGACCUGGAAGACAAGACGCGACAGAGUGAGUUGAUGCUACAGCAGCUUGAGAGCCAGGCGCGUGACGGGACAUCCCAGAUCAAACAGAUGGAGGCUGCACUACAGCUGUGUAAGGACGAGAUUAAGACGUACAUCGGGGCGCUCGAGGAAACCAAACAACUUUACGAGAAGGAGAUAGAAAAGAGGGAUGAAAAGAUCAAGCACCUGAACCAUAAGUCCAAAGUCUUGGGCCAUGAGUUGGAGGUUAAGAGUCAGGAGUGUGAACAGUAUGAGAAGGAAGGCAUGGAGACCCAGGUGAUGAUGGAACACAGCCUUGCGAGGAUACAGGACCUCGAGGAGACCCAGGCUCAUCUUCAGAAACAUGUCUCUAAGCUUGAGCAUGAGUUGUUGACCGGCAAUUCCCAGUGGUUGAGUGACCAACAGAGUCUCGAGACCAAGCUGAAACAGGCAUGUGAAGACCUGGAGACAAGGACGCUACAAGUCAGGGAGCUGUCUGCUACUCUCAAGAGCCUUGAAGAUGAGAGGAAUCGUCUGUCAUCUGAGGUUGACUUACUGGACACCCAGCUUCAAGAUGAGCAAGGUGAACAUGAGGAGAAAUCAGACAGGAUAUCUCGCCUGGAACGUGACAACAGGGACCUUAGAGUACAGCUGGAGCAGAAAAUAGAACUGGUGACAGACUUUGAGGACCAGUUACAACAGAAGACUGCCGACAUGGAGCAGCAGCUACAGCUAGUGAGUGACCUUGACCACGAAAUCAAGCGAUUCCAGGACCUCCAUGAAGAAAAUUGUGUUAGAAUAGCCAACCUUGAGAAGCAGCUUGACCGGGCCGGUUAUGAGGCAAAGGCGAAAGAUGAAAUGAUUGAGGACCUCAAAGACUCUCUCAGGUCAGUUCAGGAAGAGUUAAGUGAGAGGAAACAUGAAGUGGAAGAGUUGAGGGCCCUGUUGGAUGAGAGACAAUCAGAGUUAGAUGGCAGAGUUUCACUGGUUGGUGAACUAGAGCAGACAAUUCAGGAGCAACACCAGGAGAUGGAACGCCGCAUACAGAGACUAGACACAACAGUCCGGAAACACGAAGUUGAAGUGCAAGAGAGGACGAAACAGAUUUCAGACCUAGAUGACCGUCUUCAGCAGACCCAGUCCCAGCUAAGGGAAGUAACUCUACAACACCAGCAAGGGGAGCAACUCUGUAACAAGCAGCAGAUGGAGCUGCACUCGAAAACUGCCAAGCUGCAGGAGCUGGAAAAUCUUGUGGAAAGACAGAAAUCCAAGCUUGAAGAGCAGAAGAAGGAGAAUGUGGAGAUAACCCAAGAACUUAGACUUACAAGGGAACAGUUACAACAGCAGCAUACAGACUUUAUGGCUACACGGAGGGAGCUGGCUCAGUCUAGCCGUGAUCAGGAAAGGCUGCAACGAGAAAUUGAUGAACUCAAACUGGUCAUUGAGAGCCAGGAGUGUGACACAGCUAGACUAGCAGAGGAACUGGGAGCGGCGAAGGCACGACAGACAGAUGCAGAGACAAAGAGGUCUGCCGAGGUGCAUAAACUGUCAGACGAACAGGAGGACCUAGAGAGGCAAUACCAUUCUGAGCUUUCUGCCCUGCGGGAGGAGAUAGCAGACUAUCGCGAAGCAAACGACAUCUUAAAGGCCCAGUUGAAAGACAAAACCAGACAACUCGGAGAGAUGGAGCAGCACUACGCUGACCAGGUGAACAUAGCUGCCCAGGAGUUGGACACUAUCAAUGAUGAGAUGGAGACUCGUAAGGUCCAGAUGGAAUCUUCCAAUGAACAACUCAUACUUAAGGAUUCUGAGAUUGCAAGACUACAAGCCAAGAUAUCUGGUCUGGAGCGGACGAUACAGGCCAUGAGAAUGUCAGAUACACUUAACAUGUCCUACUCAUAUACAGGCAGGGAAUCAGAUAUUCAGGGUUCAAUUUCUCCAAGACGGCAGUCAAGAGGGCGUGAAGUAGUUCUCACUGAUGUCACAGUAUCUGGUCCAAACGGUGAAACGAUUUCCCAAACAUUGGAACUCGGAAAUGAAGUUAACAUACACUAUGUAUCAAAGGGCCAUAACAACAACAAUACAAAUGACAAUGAUUCAGGGAAAGAUAAUCAGGGUGAUCAGGAAAAUAUUGAACCCUCGGGACCUGUGAGAGUGUUAAACUUUGCUGAGACAGACACUAACCAGUCUAAAAAUUCUGCAAUUCGAAGGCCUAAACCAGUCUUGCCAAAUACUGCUUACCGGAAAAAGGACAAAAAUGGCGAAGGGUCUUCAAAUGAACCAAAUGGGGGCGGAAAACAGCAAAAGCAGAGUGCAUUCUCAAGGAUUGUAAAAGAUAAAGGUCAGGCUAAAAAUAUGGAUAAAAGUCUUCCAGGAGAGAGAGAAAUAGAUCCAGUUACGGCAAUGGGAAUCUACAGCACGGACAAGCUGGACCUAGAAAACACAGACUUGGACCCGGAACAGUGUAUGAAAGAGCUACAACAAAGAUUGAAAGCGAAUGAGCUACGUCAGAAGGACAUAGACAAGCAGUUAGAAUGCUUAGAAAUCGAGGAAGACGAUUUUCCAAGAUGAGGAGACGACGGGUCUAAAUAUUACAUGAAUUAAAUUUAGCGUAUCCAGUUAUAUCAACCUAGCUUGCUAUGAGAUACUGUGUGUUUUUUCGAUAGUUUGUUAAUAAAUUAUUAUUUUGGUUAUUUUUAGACCAAAGCACUUGAUAUUUCAGGCACAUCAUGCAUGUCAAGUAUUUUUAUGUUUUUAUGCCAUAUAUGAUAUAUUUGUUCAGUAAUACUACUGUGAUAUUGGCAUUUUUGGUUAAGUUUUAAUAUGACAAAGUCCUAUGUACCAAUGUAUAAUGUGUUUUAGUGAACCGUAUUCACAAGUCACGUCAACUCCAUUCUAUGUCUUUGAUGAAAUUUUGUUAAGUUAUUUUAACGUCAGAUUAAUUGUUAUGGAGUUUAAACAGUACUUAAUUAUUUAGGCCUGAAAUAAGGUAUUAAAUGUUUCCUUUUUCACGACAGACCUGACCCAAAUAAUGAUCUUGCUAAAGGUGUGUUAAUAUGAUGUUCGUCUUGUACAACCCAUCUUCGAAUAAAAACCUUUUGUUUCAAAAGCAUUUAUGCCGUAUGUUUUCGCUGUUUUAAGUAAUCAUAAAGUUAUUAUACCGUAUGCUGACAAGGAUACUUAAGUUAGGAAAUGACUUUAGUUAGGAAAUGACUUGAAAAUGUUUUAUGAAUAUAGUCUCAGAGUUGUCGAAAUGAUUGGCGCUCCCGAUAGGCGACAAAUCUGAUUCGCGAAAUCCUAGUUUGUAGAGACAGCUCUGUGAUAUCUCUACCAUGAUAUGUAUUCUCAUAUUUGUCUGCAUUUAAAUAGCUUUGUAUGAUCUGAUAUUUAAGAUAACAAAAAUAUACUAUU